CAAAUGGCGGAUACGGUGAACUAGCAACACAUAACCAGCAUUUUAAAAAAUAUAGAUUUAUUCAAAAUAGUCAUUCUUUUAAGCUUAAAAGUAAUAUCCACUAAUUUUUCUUUAGUUCAAUAGUAGCUGAGGUGGAAAAAAGAGUUGAUAAUAAAUGGCACUACGUAGAACAAAUCUUCCAGUGAUCAACAGAGCACCUUAUGAUACUACUCAUGAGUAUAAUGCCAUCUCAGUAGGGAGCCCAAGACAGUUGGUGCCUGAACAGCGACAAAUAGCAGAGAUUGUACCAGUUAGAAAUGACCUCCCUUCUCGCAUUGAUAACAUAGAAGAUAGACUUGCUAUGCAGGAGCGCAAUACACAGGCUCUGAUAGACAAAGCAUUCAAAAUUAAAGAAGAUGUUAUUGAUAGUCUGAACUACACCCAAGGCACCUGGAAUGAAGAAAAGCAGGCUAGAGUACUGUUGCAGGAACACAUCCGAACUAUCACAGCUGUGGUUAACAAGCUCAAUGGAGAUAUUGCCUCUCUGGAAAGUUCCAUCAAAGCUCGUGAUGCUGCACAUGUUUCAACCAACAACGCAGUUAAAAACUUAGAAGUCCACCAUGUCCAAUCUCUGACAGAUUUGCGAGGAAGAAUUGUUCGCUGUGACAGUUCCAUCUCUAAACUAAGUGCUGAUGUGCGAUCCUGUUUUGAGUCCAUUAAACAGUUAUCACAUCAACAACAGGAAAUACAAAGUAGGAUGAUGGACAGAAUGCAUGGUCUAGAAGCCCAGCUUGUCACCUUAAACAGCAAUAUUGAAAGAAGUAAUGGUGAGAGUCGCCUGAAGAUUCAACAUCUUGAAGGAGACACAAACACACAGAUGUCGAUGAUUGAUGCCAAAACACGCCAGUUAAUUGAGGAUUUGAAGGCUAAUCUGGCCAGUACUCAAAGCACAUUUGAAGCAGAGAGGGAGAGGCUGGAACAAAGACUGCUAGUUACCAUUGAAAAAGUUGAAGGAAAUAAUGACCUUACUAUAGAUAAAAUAAUGAAAAAAAUUGAUGAUGGAAAUUUUUUAACUGACUCUCGCAUUACAAAACUGGAAGAAACUCUGCAUGAAUCCCGCUCAUAUACAGAUAAUUCUCAGUCUUCUCUGGACAGCAAGCUUCUGUCCAAGCUAGACAAAACUGUCCAGAGACAUUCAGAAGAAAUAGCUAAGCUGAAGAAGGAGAGCCGUGAAGGUUUCUCUACAGUCCACGAGAGUAUCAGCAACAUGAAGACUGUCAUGGAGGGCAAGAGGAAACUUCUGGAGGAUCAGUUGAGGAAAGAGAUAGGACAAAUUCGUAAAAUGGUGGUCCUGGUGUGAGGACCCUACAGGACCAGACUUCAGAGCUUCCAUUUGUCAGUCUGUUGGUCACCAAGCAAUGGUACAUUUUUUUCAGCUUGUUUGCUUUUGGACUUAAAUUUUAUUUCAAAAAAUGUAACUAAAUCUGAAACAGCCACUGUCCUAAUGAUGAUGGUUUCUUGUUGGCUUGUGACUUGAAACUACCAAACUUCUUACUUUUAGAGACUCAAAUACAGAUCUGAUGAAUGCCCAUGUGUAGGUCUACACACAUUUACAGAGGCAACAAUGAAAUGAUUUGAUUUUAAAAAUAGCCACAGAAAGAUCAUUUUAAUAAUCAGAGCUGCUGUCUUGUUUGUAUCUUCUGAAAGAUGAUUCUACUCAAAUAUUUUGAUUCUACUCAAAUAUUUUGAUUCUACUAAAAUAUUUUAAUUCUACUCAAAUAUUUUGAUUCUACUAAAAUAUUUUGAUUCUACUAAAAUAUUUUGAUUCUACUAAAAUAUUUUGUUUCUAUUAAAUUUUUUCUCGUAUUUUUACUCAUGUUUAAAAAUUCCAACAUGUGCCUGAAAAAUGUUUUAAAUUAUGAAUCUUACAAAUAUUUAAACAAUCUAUUUUUAUAAAAUCAGCAUUAAUUAUCACUACAAUAAAUAUGCAUAUAUAAUCUAAGCAUUUUUUUUUUCACAAAAAAGAAAAGGAUCAGUUAGAAUUUUAUGGAAGAGUAUUGUUGGUGUAAAUAAAAUACAUUUUUGUAAACAUUGAAAAAAACCAACUAAACAAAGGAAGGCUCUUGCUAAUUAGAAUUAAACAAGCUCUACUUUUGCAAACAAAAAUAAAGAAACAAACAAAAUAGAAAUAUUUUAAUUUUAUUCACCUUAUAAUUUUUUGUUACAAGCAACACUUAUAGUUCACUCGGAAAAAAUAUAAUUGUUAUGCAUGAAAGCAAAAAUAUCAGCCUUUUGUAUCUCACCUCUGUUACAUGCUUGUGCUGGAGUUAAUUAGUCUCACCAUAUUCUUUACCUUGUAUUACUUGUAUAGGGCUGGUAAGUAGGUCACCAACCAGUUCUAUGGCUCAAUAAAAUCUGCAUGAGCCAUAGAACUGGUUGGUGACCUACUUACCAGCCCUAUUGUAAUGUGCACAAAAAUUACAUGAAAUAUUGACAGUUUUACACCUCAGUACUUCAUCAUAUACAGAAUGUAGGGGACUUCUUUUAAUCAGGGAGAAAUUCUAAAUCUAGAUUUAUCAAUAUUUUGAUAUUAUUUUGGUUUUUUACUCGUAAUCAAGUAGGAAAAACUGGGCUUUGCAAUUCUGUCUAGAAUCUAUAUUAUUGUGUGUGUGUGUGUCUGUGUCUGUGAACACAAUACAUUGUUACAGACAAAAAAACACAUUAAUUUUUAAGUACUAAUGUUCCACGCUAUUAUACAUGCAUUGUUUGUUAAUCGGUUGGUGCGCAGUUCUUUUUUUCAUAUAGAGAUUCUAUUCUAUUUUAAAAAGUUUAAAUAAUUAAAAAUCAUGUCUAUAUUCCCAGAAGCCAUCCCCGUAGUGUUAUAUAAGAACAUUCAAGAAAGUUUAGGGGAGGUCACUCCCUCUUUAUUUUAAAUGCUUGUUACAUUUAUUUGCCAGUUUUAAUUUUUUAUUAUACACUACCAGAAGUUUAAUUUGCUUCUUUAACCAUUGGUGUAACUUGUGGCAUCUGUCAGUGUAUACUUAAUGUAGCUUGUGGCAUCUGUCAGUGUAUACUUAAUGUUGCUUGUGGCAUCUGUCAGUGUAUACUAAAUGUUGCUUGUGGCAUCUGUCAGUGUAUACUUAAUGUUGCUUGUGGCAUUUUUUGCUGGCGGAGAUGGCACCAAUGGAAUUUGGAGUUGAGGUGGAUGUGUUUGGCAGACUGAGAAACAUUUUACAUUCUUGUAUUUUACAUUCUU